AGUGACUCUCCCGCAGCUGUGCUGCAGUCAGUCUUGUCUGGAAAAAACAACGAGGCAAAUGGGAAGUCUUGCUUUGGGAAACUAGAGAGCACCAAAGGAAGUAAAGGACACGAGUCGAUUUACUGUUGCCUACCUUGGUAACCCGCGUGCAAUAAAACCGCGUGCUUUCUGUACAUGUUUUGAAGAUUUUAUUCUUAACUGCGUGGAUUAUCUGAUUAGCAAAGGUUAUGCUUUUGGACCGUCUCGACAUCACCGCUUUGCCUAUGGUGGCAUAGCCAGCAGUUAUUUCAUUAAUUGAUAUUAGUAUUUCGCAUUGGCUAAUCUUUUCUUGCAAUAUGCUACUGGUGUAGGAAAACAAUGGAAUAAAACAAUUUCUUGAAGAACUCUUUCUUGAAAGUUGACUGUUUAGGUCGUGGCCCUGAUUUAUUUUUUUUGGCUACAAAUUGUUCGACUACAUCAAUCUGUGUAUGAUGCGUCGGAUGUUAUAGGCGUGUAGCAGAUCAAAAGCCUUUUUUGUCCACUCGUAUUUUUUUAACUUUCUAACUGCUCUGAAUCAACUUGAACAUGUCUAAUACAAAGUUCAAAAAGGAUAAAGAAAUAAUUGCUGACUACGAGAGUCAAGUUAAAGAGAUCCGUGCCCAACUGGUGGAGCAGCAGAAAUGCCUGGACCAGCAGACCGAUAUGAGAGUGCAGCUUCUCCAGGACCUGCAGGAUUUCUUCAGGAAGAAGUCGGAGAUUGAGAUGGAGUACUCCAGGAACUUGGAGAAACUGGCAGAACGGUUCAUGGCUAAGACACGGAGCACCAAAGACCACCAACAAUACAAGAAGGACCAGAACCUGCUGUCCCCAGUCAACUGCUGGUACCUGCUGUUGAACCAGGUGAGGCGGGAGAGCAAGGACCACGCCACCCUGAGUGACAUCUACCUGAACAACGUCAUCAUGCGCUUCAUGCAGAUCAGCGACGACUCCACCCGCCUGCUCAAGAAGAGUAAGGAGAUCACAUUUCAGCUCCAGGAAGACUUGAUGAAGGUCCUCAAUGAGCUCUACACUGUGAUGAAGACCUACCACAUGUAUCACACCGAGAGCAUCAGUGCAGAGAGCAAGCUGAAGGAGGCGGAGAAGCAAGAGGAGAAGCAGAUUGGCCGGGCAGAGCCAGUUUUCAGCAUCCGCCUGGAGGAUAAGCACCAGAGACGCAGCUCUGUCAAGAAGAUUGAGAAGAUGAAGGAAAAGCGCCAGGCCAAGUACUCCGAGAACAAGCUGAAGUCAAUCAAAGCGCGUAAUGAGUACCUGCUGACACUGGAGGCAACAAAUUCCUCCGUUUUCAAGUACUACAUUCAUGACUUGUCUGACUUAAUUGAUUGCUGUGAUCUCGGUUACCAUGCCAGCCUGAAUCGAGCCCUGCGGACCUACCUGUCAGCAGAGUACAACCUGGAGACUAGCCGUCACGAGGGCUUGGACAUAAUCGAAAAUGCAGUUGACAACCUGGACCCUCGCAGUGACCGCCAGCGCUUCAUGGAGUUGUACCCCACCGCUUUCUGCCCACCCGGCAAGUUUGAGUUCCAGCCCCACAUGGGUGACGAGGUGUGUCAGAUUUCGAUGCAGCCGCCGGUGAACGGAGAGCUUAUGCUGAGGUUCCAGCAGCUACAGUCCCGUCUUGCCACUUUGAAAAUCGAAAACGAGGAGAUCAAGAAAACAUCAGAGGCCACUCUGACCACCAUCCAGGACAUGGUGACCAUUGAGGAUUACGACGUGUCUGAGUGCUUCCACCACAGCCGCUCCACUGAGUCUGUCAGGUCCACUGUCUCCGAGACCUACCUCAGCAAGCCCAGCAUCGCCAAGAGGAGGGCCAACCAGCAGGAGACGGAGCAGUUCUACUUCAUGAAAUUCCGGGAGUUUCUGGAGGGCAGCAAUCUCAUCUCCAAACUGCAGGCCAAGCAUGACCUGCUGAAGAAGGCUCUGGGAGAAGGUCACAGGGGGGACUAUAUGACCACAAGGCCUCCCAAUGUGCCGCCAAAACCUCACGGUGGCACCAGUAGGAGGGCUAGGCCCCGCUCGGUGUUUAGCGUUAAGUUGUUUAAUGGCAAUCUGGAGUCUUUUGUCAAGGACUCUGGACAAGCAAUUCCCUGUGUGGUUGAAAGCUGCAUUAGAUUUAUCAAUCUUUAUGGCCUACAACAUCAAGGCAUAUUCCGCGUGUCGGGGUCUCAGAUGGAAAUCAAUGAUAUCAAGAACUCUUUCGAGAGAGGUAACGAUCCACUGACAGAUGAUGAGAACAACCAGGAUAUCAACUCUGUAGCCGGGGUUCUCAAACUCUACUUCCGGGGCCUGGAGAAAUCCCUGUUGCCCAAAGAAAGAUUUAACGACCUCCUGUCCUGCGUUAGAAUAGAGAACCUGUAUGAGAGGUCCCUGUACAUUCGCAAGAUCCUCCUGACCGCCGUGCCCAGAUCUGUCCUCAUUGUGAUGCGCUACCUCUUCGCCUUCCUCAAUCACUUAUCCCAGUACAGCGACGAGAACAUGAUGGACCCCUAUAACCUGGCCAUCUGCUUCGGCCCCACCUUGAUGCCCACGCCCAACAUCGAGGACCAGGUGUCGUGCCAGGCACACGUCAACGAGAUCAUCAAGACCAUCAUCAUCCAUCAUGAGAACAUCUUCCCCGACGCCAAGGAGCUUGACGGGCCGGUCUACGAGAAGUGCAUGGCUGGGGGCGACUAUUGUGAGAGUCCCUACAGUGAGCAUGGAGCUAUAGAGGAGGUUGACAACGAGGGAGGGGCCGAGACACAUACCAGUGAGGACGAGGGUGAGCCCAUCGAGGCAAUAGCCAAGUUUGACUACAUGGGUCGGUCGGCCCGCGAGUUGUCCUUCAAGAAGGGAGCCUCCCUGCUGCUGUACCAGCGGGCGUCGGAGGACUGGUGGGAGGGACGGCACAACGGCAUUGACGGUCUGGUACCUCACCAGUACAUUGUGGUGCAGGACAUGGAUGAUAACUUCUCUGACACACUUAGUCAGAAAGCUGACAGUGAAGCCAGCAGUGGUCAUGGAGCUGAGGACAAAUGUUCAGGCAAAGAUAUGGUCUCUCCUACAGACCCCAGGAUCUCUGAGACCUACAUUAGCAGCAGGCACAAGAAGAGGACGGAGCCUCCCUCCCGCCGCCCCCCAGCGCGCCCCAACGAUGUCUACUGCAUGGUGCACCCGUCCCAGCAGGGCCACGGGGGACAGGAUCCCACGCUGGAGAUGGGCUCCCCCGUGCUGGGUCACUCCUUCAGCCCCCGGGACCUGUUGAGGAGCCGCAACCACUGUCAGCUGCCCACGGACAGCCCAGAGCGCCGUCGCCGCGCCAACCACGGCAGCCUGACCAACAUCAGCCGCCAUGAGUCACUGAAGAAAAUGGAGAGCCCGCCCAUCCGGCGCUCCACGAGCUCGGGACAGUACACGGGCGUGUUCCAGGAGCCCCACUCACAUGGUGGCGGCAAGCCCCUGGACCCAGAGACCAUCGCACAGGACAUAGAAGAGACGAUGAACACUGCGCUGAAUGAGUUGCGUGAGCUGGAAAGGCAGAGUUCAGCUAAACACGCCCCUGAUGUGGUGCUGGACACCCUGGAGCAGAGACAGCCAACCACAGGCCCCACUCCGGCAAGCUCCAGCGAGUCCCUCAGCCCCCUCAAAAACAUCCUGUUGAGGUCCCAGGCCGGCGAGCCCGCAGGGGCCCCCAUGCGCCGCAGCACCAGCUCCUCUAGUGACAACAUGAGCACCUUCAAGCCAGUGGUGGCGCCUCGCAUGGGGGUUCAGCUAAAGCCUCCUGCCCUGAGGCCUAAGCCCAUGGUGCUGCCCAAGACAGGCCCGGCCCACCCCCACGCUGCUCCCCCUCCACAAGACCCCCUGGACAAGUCAUGUACCAUGUGAACUUUGAACUCUGGGCUGCAAGCAGGGAGUGAUAGACUGGGAGAGGGGCUCUGAGACUUCAUACCAUGACAACAUGUUAACAGUGUCUAUAGAUAAUAAAUCUUAAUAUUCUAUAAGACAGUAUAAGAAUCCGUUGCCUGAGCAUUGAUUAAAUAUAUCUCAGAGACUUGCAAAUAAGGAAUUAUACUGUAGAUGUUUGCAUUGUGAGGGAUGCUUUCCCACAGUGACAAUUAACUUAACCACAUUUAUUGACAGUGAUCGUGAGACAUCAUCAGGCCUACAACACAGCCUGAGCAACCAAAACAAAUGGGAAAUACAGGAGUAGUCAUUGGAUACGUUUACACAAACAGCAAAUCACAAAGGCUUCCUUCAAGUUUAGAGAAACUAAAGAGUUUGGUAGUUUACAGAAACUAGACAAUUACAAAAAUGUAGUCGGUCCUCUGAGCCGGACUGGGGUUUGCUUCUUUCUUAAACGAACAAGGCUUAGGUUUAGAGUAGUAAUCGUAAGGCCUUACUGCCAGUCGGAAAUAUAAGCUGUCAACAGUGAAAGUUUAAAUCACCAUUGUAAGACUGCUGGGUGUAAAUGUUUAUUGCUGCCUGUGAUGGAAAACAGACAGGAGCAGGGUCGGCUGGGGUCCAGAUAUGUGACCAGAAGUCUAUUAUUUCCAUGCCCCACACGAUUUAAUUAAGCACUCCGUGCAAAUGUGCAGUGAUAUUUCCGACACCAUCGGCCCAACAUUUGACAACAUUUGAUGCGUUUUGCCAUGGAGAUCAAAAUUACACUUCUUGGCCAUAUGACAGUUCUAUAAUAAGCAAUUGAAGAUUUUUUCAGGGGUUCUCCGCUCACCCUGCCUAAACAAAAAGUCUUGCAUUUUGGUACAUUGGUCCCUGUCCUUACAAGAGACAAAUUUGCCACCAUGAAGAAGUUUUCUUUAAAACAUUUAAAAUGCUGCUCCUCUGUGACUGAUCUGCAGAUAAAUGUAUGUGUAGAAAUAUUUCUUAGCUUAGACCCUAAAUCCAGAUGGCCAAUAACCAUAGCCUGUCAUGUAGAAACAUAUACAUUAGUUAAGUACAUUUGCAAUUUAACAUUUGGUACUGGUGUUGCAACUGUCAAGAUUCAUAUCGACCAGACAGUGGCAAUGAUAACAAUUACAUGUUUAUCUUUUAAAAUCUGGCAAACACGCUGAGGGCUCUGGGUCUGGUUAACUGAUGUGAUAUCAGACACCACUGGCAUGACAUUGAAUCAGCUUGGAUGAUUCAUCUGUGUGGUCACAGAGAUCCGGCAGUUACAAAAUUACACUAAUUGCAUUUAAAGAAUUGUAAUCCAAAUGACUUCUGUCAAGAACCAAGCUGCUGUCUUCCAAAUACAUAAGAACAAUGUUGACUUCACAUUUAAUUGAAUGCAGUUUCACAGUUUAAACAAGAACUGGAAGGACACCAGAGGAUACAACCACUGUGUAAUAUUAACCCGUAAUGCAAAUGCUUUGAACAUUUCCAUCUACUCUUAAAAAACCUGUAUCAAACCUCUGUUGGCUUUCUGUCUUUAGAAUCAAGAGUCUGAAAAUGGUUUUCACCCUGAUAUCAGAAAUUACCAAGAUCGUUCCAUCUCUUUUUACCUUAACACCUAACACAAUGCAAAUGGCAGAGGAUUUAUUCUACUGCUUCUCAUGCUUCUUAUCAAUGUUUUUGUGUGAGGAGCUGUAUAUCUCCAUUGCCUGCCUCUGACCAUGUAGGCUAAUCCAUGCCUUCGUGGUAGAGGAUGAGUAGGUGGGCUGGUGCAUAACUGUAGGGACACGUGACUGCUCUUCAGUCUCUAUCAGGUAGGGCGAUAAAGCCUCGUGAAUGACUGACGUGUGCCAGACAUUUGCUCUAUACAAGAGCAUAAGCAUCAAACAGUUCUGGGGAGUACAUAUGCACUUGUUCACUGAAGACCGUGUCACGUGUAUGUGACCGAUAAGGUGAAUAUAGCUACAUGGAAUCUGACCACCACAAGGGAAAUGGCCUACUUUUAUAAUGUAACUAUGUGUCUGUUCUGCAAGUCUGGGGCAGUGCCCUCUAUGGGUCUGUUUUGAAAAUGCUGUUUAGCUGAAGAAAACAGAAUGAGUUGUGUGGGGGGUUUCAUCUGGUUGAAGACUCAUGACUUAAAAAAAAGCUCAUGUUUGCAAUAACCAAUGUUUUCCUUGUAAUUCAAACUGCGGCAGGUUUUUUGGUGUCUGUUGCCAAAACAGGAUGUAUAGUAUAUUAUAGUGAGCAUAGGUGAAUAUAAUUUGAAUUCUAGAUAACUAACCCUCUUCUUCUGAAUUUUGUCUUUUUUUUCAAGAUUUUUGUUAGAAUCUACUACAUUUCUUAGAACAAAGGAUGUGCAAAUUAAAGGCUCCAAAGAACAGUCAUGAAAGUUGCAUCCGAGUUUCAUCUCGGGUCUUGUUCGUUAGGCACCAUGUGAAGGAACAUUACAAUAAGGGGCUACCCAAACUUGUCCACUAAGAAACUCUAAUUUUGCUUUGCUGCAGUGUGUCCAAAUGAACAAGCCUGUUGUAACCUGUAUUGUCUCUCUGUACGCCAUCACACACGGCAGUAGGGUCGUGCCUGUUGGACCGUAACUUUUUGUCCAUGUACAUCUGUAGAAUGUACACGUGAAAGUGCCUUUGAAAAUGUUUUAGAGGAACUUUGAACUGUGUUCUGUACUGUUGCAUUCUCAUUUCAGACUCUGUGUAAUGAGCAAGUGCGGUAAAAAGCAAGUGGAAUGAAUACAAGUUAUAUUAUGAAUGAAUUAAUAAAGAUACUGCUUAUCCAUUGUGACAUUGCACUUUUAUGUAUAGAACUGUAUAUUUGGCAUGAUACAUCUUAACAUCUUUUAGAGCUCCUUGAGGUGUGUUCCUUCAAGGGUUUUUCUUUCUAAUAAAGGAAAUAGUUUGAUCAGUC